AUUCAUUAUACAGACCCAAAUUCUCCUCAAAGGCACGAAAGAGUGCCAUGGCAUCCGAUUCUACUCGUGCCCGGAUCGACCAGUUCUUUUCAUCGAAAAAGAAGAGAAAAUUUGUGCCACCAUUGUCAAAAUCGGAGAGACCAGAAAAAGAAGCGAAAACCCAAAGUGAAUGUUCACCUAGUGCCAAAGGGUCUUUGGCAGGCUAUUUGGAGACCUCGCCUGCUAAAUGUGCGGACUAUGUUCCGGUUGAGAAGGCAAUGCGGAUUCCAGCUAAGCGGAAUUUGACAUUGGAGACGGCCUCCUUGUUAUCUAGUGAUGAAAUUGGGGGUGCCCUCCACACGCAGCCACAAAUUUCCGAGGCAUUCGGAGUUUCUCAGAGAAUAAAAAAUGCAUCUUUAUCUGGUACAGAUUAUGAUGCUGUAGAAGGUGUUGGAAAGAAGUCUCCUGCAACCGAAUUCUUGUCUUUGUAUUUCAGUGAUGUACGGAGUAGUGUAAAUUUUCCUUCAGAUACAAAAGAGACUGCGGAUAAAAGACACUGUAGUGCAUCUGCCCUUCACCUAGAGGAGGAAAACUCUGGUAGGGUGCAUUGCAAGAAUGAUGAUAAUCCAUCCAAAACUCAAAAUGAAUCAUUUUUCUCUCCCAAGGGUGGCCAGUUAAAAAUUGCUGAAGAACCUGUGUAUGUUGGUUUUAAUCGUUUAGAGAAGGAUAUUGCACAAGCCAGUUUGAGGAAAUGCAAUAAUACAACUGCUCUUUAUACAGCUGAAUGUGAAACACCUGCUUCUUUCCCAUCUAAACUUGGAGCUGGAGAAACUCCUCGGUCAACACGAGGAAGCUCAUCGUUCUCUCCUGGAGAUGCAUUUUGGAACGAAGCAAUUCUAGUUGCUGAUGGGAUUGCCUAUCCUAAUGCUGGUCUUUCUUCACAUGUUGCUGGAAACAAUGAGGCUUUUACAGUGGAUUCCGGUGCUUGUAACUCAAACAAUGUGAAAGAUAGAGGUUUUGUUAAUCAGUUAAACAGUACUAGAGAUGGAGUUGCACAUUCCGUUUCUGAUUUUCGUGCUUGUACUGCUGUGGGGAUGCAUUUGGAUAAGGAGGCUUCGCCACUUCCCGUAAAGCACUUUGAUUUCAGUUUGGAGGCUAAAAAUCUUGAGAAGGAGAUACCAGCUGAUACUAAUAAAACCAAACCCGACAUUUUAAUAACCAAAGAGACACAUGUCUCUGUCGAUCAACACAAUCCCCAGUCCUAUAACCUCAUGUGCAGUAGCUCCAAAGAUCAUAUAGGUGAAAUUCUCCCUGGUGCACAAAGAAAAUCCUUCAAAUGCAUCGAUUCCAAAAGGAGUGUUGAAGAUCUAAAGGAGAUUAGCCAUGCUGUUGCAUACAAUACACCGAAUAGUGAUUAUAAAAGGGUUGUUGCUAAUGAACUCAAAAGCAAUUGCACUCCGGCAAGCUCUUCAAUAAAUCGGUCUUUGGAUAUCAGUAGUUGGCUUCCUCUUGAAAUAUGCCAAAUAUACAACAAAAGGGGCAUAUCAAAGUUAUACCCAUGGCAGGUUGAUUGCCUUCAAGUGGAAGGUGUAUUGCAUAAUCGAAAUCUUGUUUACUGUGCAUCCACAAGUGCUGGUAAAAGUUUUGUUGCGGAGAUACUAAUGCUACGGAGGGUUCUGGAAACUGGAAAAAUUGCACUUCUUGUGCUUCCAUAUGUGUCUAUCUGUGCAGAAAAGGCUGAACAUCUUGAAGUUCUUCUAGAACCAGUCGGUAAGCAUGUUCGUAGUUUUUAUGGAAAUCAGGGUGGUGGUUCUCUUCCAAAGGACACAUCUGUCGCUGUCUGCACUAUCGAGAAAGCAAACUCUUUGAUUAAUAGGUUACUUGAAGAGGGUCGCUUGUCAGAGCUUGGUACCAUUGUCAUUGAUGAACUGCACAUGGUUGGUGAUCAAAGCAGGGGUUAUCUAUUAGAGCUAUUGUUGACUAAGCUUCGCUAUGCAGCUGGCGAAGGCAAUGUAGAGUCUUCUAGUGGUGAAAAUUCUGGGUCGAGUAGUGGGAAGUCCGAUGCUACUCGUGGCCUCCAAAUAAUUGGAAUGAGUGCAACACUGCCAAAUGUGGCUGCAGUUGCUGAGUGGCUUCAAGCAGCUCUUUAUGAGACAGAAUUUCGGCCUGUUCCAUUGGAGGAAUACAUCAAAAUUGGUAGCACAAUAUACAACAAAAAAAUGGAAAUUGUUAGGACCAUUCCAAAGGUGGCUGAACUGGGUGGUAAAGAUCCGGAUCAAAUAGUUGAACUUUGCAAUGAGGUUGUCCAAGAGGGUCACUCAGUGCUAAUAUUUUGUUCCAGUCGGAAAGGUUGUGAAUCAACUGCAAAGCAUAUUGCAAAGUAUCUCAAGGGAUUUUGUGUAAACCCUCGUGGUGAGCAAGGCGAGCCUUUUGACGUUGCUUUUGUUAUUGAUUCGUUGCGAAGAUCUCCCGCUGGGUUGGAUCCUGUACUGAACGAAACUCUUCCUUUUGGAGUUGCCUACCAUCAUGCUGGGCUUACGGUUGAGGAAAGAGAGACUGUUGAAAUGUGUUACCGUAAAGGACUUGUACGUGUCUUGACUGCUACUUCAACUCUAGCAGCAGGAGUUAAUCUUCCUGCUCGGAGAGUCAUCUUCAGACAACCACGCAUUGGUCGUGAUUUUAUUGAUGGGACAAGGUACAAGCAGAUGUCUGGACGAGCAGGUCGUACUGGAAUAGACACAAAGGGAGAGAGCGUACUAAUUUGCAAGGCAGAGGAAUCCAAGAGAAUAUUGACACUCCUUAAUGAUACUUGUCCUCCACUUCAUUCUUGUUUGUCAGAGGAUAGGAAUGGUAUGACCCAUGCAAUACUUGAGGUUGUUGCUGGAGGAAUUGUUCAAACUGCUAGUGAUAUUCAUCGUUAUGUAAGAUGUACACUCCUCAAUUCAACAAAACCCUUUGAAGAUGUGGUGAAAUCAGCACAGGAUUCUCUUCGAUGGUUAUGCCAUAGAAAGUUCCUUGAAUGGAAUGAUGAGACUAAGUUAUACACCAGUACACCCCUUGGCCUUGCAUCUUUCGGAAGUUCUCUUUGUCCAGAAGAAUCGCUUAUUGUGCUGGACGAUCUCAUGAGAGCAAGAGAAGGUUUUGUUCUAGCUUCAGACUUGCAUUUGGUGUACUUGGUAACUCCCAUUAAUGUUGAUGUGGAACCAGAUUGGGAACUAUACUAUGAGAGAUACAUGCAGUUAUCUUCUUUAGACCAGUCUGUUGGCAACCGAGUUGGAGUACAAGAACCUUUCCUGAUGCGUAUGGCUCAUGGUGCGCCUUCUCGACUGCUGCAGAGAUCCAGGGAUAGAGGAAAAAACUUACAGGGAAAAUAUGAUGACAAACUUGGGACAAUGACCAAUGGCAUGCUCUCAGAUGAACAAAUGCUUAGAAUGUGUAGACGGUUCUACGUUGCUCUUAUCUUGUCCAAGCUUGUGCAGGAAGUACCUGUUGGUGAAGUUUGUGAAGGUUUUAAAGUUGCUAGAGGCAUGGUUCAGGCAUUACAAGAAAAUGCUGGAAGGUUUGCAUCAAUGGUUUCAGUGUUCUGUGAAAGGCUUGGUUGGCAUGACCUUGAAAGUUUAGUCGGCAAAUUCCAACAUCGUGUUUCAUUUGGGGUUAGAGCAGAGAUUGUGGAACUUACAACCAUUCCUUUUAUUAAGGGUUCCCGAGCUAGAGCACUUUAUAGGGCUGGUUUACGAACACCCCAAGCUAUUGCUGAAGCUUCAAUUCAUGAAAUUGUCAAAGCGAUUUUUGAAUCUUCAUGGAGUGGUCAGGACACGGAGGGUGCCACACAAAGGAAAAUACAAGGGGGAGUUGCCAAGAAGAUUAAAAAUGGUGCUCGGAAAAUAGUAUUUGAAAAGGCUGAAGAGGCAAGGGUUGCUGCAUUCUCCGCCUUCAAGUCUCUUGGACUUGAUGUUGGACAGCUUUCUCGGCCACUAGAUGCUUCUCGAAAAGAGCCUUCAUCAUCGUCAGGGGAGGAGUCUACAAGUAGCUACGCUUUCCUUCAGAAUUCUAAGAACAUGUUAGACUCACCAUUAGCUGUAGACAGAUGUGAUGAGAGAGACCAACCUAUAGGCCCUCAACCAGCUGGUUCGGCUGAGGCAUAUUCAACAGGAAAUGCACACGAUGAAAUGCAUUUGGACAAACGCAUUUUGAUUGCACAAAAUACUAACCCUGUUAAUGACGAGUUACAUAUUACUAAUAAUUGCACUAGUAAUCCAAAAGGGUUGGCUCCUGAUCCAACGGUAGAUAUUGGUGGUGUUAAACAUCAGUUAAAGGAGCAUGUUGAUCAUAGUCGAGAACAACAGCCUGAAAAUGAAAAUUUAUGUAUGGGAAGCAGAGUAAACAAGCCAGAAAAGGGUCCUGUCAGUGUUACUAGUAUUCCUGGCGGACUUGAUUCUUUCUUGGAUCUAUUGGAUGCUACAACUGAAUUCUUUUUUGAUAUACAUUUUACUAAAAAAUCUGAACUGAGCUCUACCACUCCCUUUGAGGUACAUGGCAUAGCCAUCUGCUGGGAGAAUUCUCCAGUGUAUUACUUAAGUAUUCCAAAGGACUUAUCUCGCUAUAGCAGCAAACAAGAUGAUCAUUCUGUGGGCAGCAAGAAUGUUCUGCCACCAAAUCUGCAGGUGGAGAUGGCCAAGAAGAGGUGGACUAGGUUUGGGGCUAUAAUGGGGAAAACGGAUGUCAGGAAGUUCACUUGGAACUUAAAAGUUCAAAUUCAGGUGCUAAAACGUCCCGCUGCUUCUGUCCAAAAGUUUAGCACCCCACAUGGGGGGAUCAAAAGUUUGGGUUUGGAGCUUAUAGACAAUUCCUACUUUAUGUUUUCUCCUAUUCAUUUGAGGAAUGCAAUUGAUCUGAGUGUUGUUGCAUGGAUUCUAUCGCCUGAUGAGGAGAAAAGUUCUUGUCCUAAUUUGGAAAAGGAAGCCAAAAGGAGGUUAUCUAGUGAUGCUGCUGCAUCCACUAACCGUAGUGGUAGAUGGAAGGAUCAGACACGGAGAGCUGCACAUAAUGGAUGCUGCCGCAGAGUUGCACAAACUCGAGCAUUAUCUUCCGUUCUAUGGAAAUUACUACACUCUGAAGAACUAAUUGAACCACUUAUCACUGUGGAAGUUCGAUUGGUAAAUAUUCUUGCUGAUAUGGAGAUAUCUGGAAUUGGUGUCGACAUGGAAGGAUGCCUUAGAGUGAGGCAUGUCCUUGGGGAAAAACUCAAGAUGCUCGAGAAGGAAGCUUACAGAUUAGCUGGCAAGACAUUCUCAUUGUCAAUGCCUGCAGAUAUAGCAAAUAUUCUCUAUGAACAUUUGAAGCUGCCCAUGCCUGAAGGUUACGAAGGGAAGAACCACCACAGAACUGACAAACAUUGUCUGGAAAUGCUCAGGGAUGAGCAUCUUAUAGUCCCAGUUAUUAAGGAGCAUCGAACAUUAACUAAGCUCUUUAAUUCUACUUUGGGGUCAAUUUGUUCACUUGCUAGGCUCUCUAUGAGGGCCCAGAAGUACACUCUGCAUGGUCAUUGGCUCCAGACAUCAACAGCAACUGGCCGACUGUCAAUAGAGGAGCCUAACCUCCAGUCUGUUGAGCAUAUGGUUGAGUUCGAAAUGAAUGAAGGUGAUGGGAAAUCAUGUGUCAGCCACUAUAAAAUCAAUGCACGUGAUUUCUUUGUGCCUACUCAGGACAACUGGGUGCUUUUAGCUGCUGAUUAUUGUCAGAUAGAGCUGAGACUUAUGGCCCAUUUCUCAAAAGACCGUUCAUUGAUUGAGCUGCUAACUAAUCCCCAGGCUGAUGUCUUUACCAUGAUUGCCGCAAAAUGGAGUGAGAAACAUGAGUCUAGUGUGAGCUCACAAGAUCGAGAGCGAACAAAGAGACUGGUUUACGGAAUUCUUUAUGGCAUGGGGCCAAACACACUGGCAGAACAGUUGGACUGUAGUCCAGAUGAAGCUGCAGAAACAAUUCAAAACUUCAAGAAAUCUUUCCCUGGAGUUGCGUCCUGGCUUCAGGAAGCAGUUACGGCUUGUCAUAAGAAAGGUUAUGUGAAGACCCUUAAGGGACGAAAACGUUUCUUAUCAAAUAUCAAAUUCGGUAACAGCAAAGAGAAAUCCAAAGCUCAGAGACAAGCUGUGAAUUCCAUAUGUCAGGGAUCUGCUGCCGACAUAAUAAAAAUUGCAAUGAUAUGCUUGCAUGAUGUGAUCGGCGAGGAUUCUGAAGCAUUAUGCCCAAGUUUUAUAGAUGCUGAAAAAUGUCAAUUGCUUAAAGGUCGCUGUCGGAUCCUUCUACAGGUACACGAUGAACUUGUGCUGGAAGCUGACCAUUCAGUUGUAAAGGAGGCCGGGUUGUUGCUCCAAUCAUGCAUGGAAAGGGCCAUGUCACUUCUUGUUCCUUUGCCUGUCAAGAUCAAAGUUGGGAAAACAUGGGGAUCUUUGGAACCUUUUGAUCCUAAUUGUUAGCUUUUGAUGAGCUAUACUUCAAUGACACUUGUAUGAGGAAACAAUCUGUUUCCCUUCUUUAAUUCUAAGUUGUCUUUUUUUCAUUUCAUGUUGCUUGUACAUACCAUUCCCGACGCAUACGUUUGGCACGAGGGGAUGGAAACCAGAAGACGAAUCA